GUUAAUGGUGCGUCACAUUAUGUGACAGGGCCACGUGAUCAUCACCAUGGCAGUUUAAGAUUCACCAGAAACGCAGAUGCCAAGAUGAAUUCCUAUCGGCCCUUGCAAUGUUGCGGGACAGUUUCGAUAACGCUGACGGAUGAAGAGAAGGCACAUAUACAAUCAUGUAGGGUACAGGCAGGUCCGGAAGACACAUCUGCAGAAAACAAGGGUCUGAAAUUCGCGCAGAGAUUCGCUUGCUCAUCUCACUGUUUGGGGCAGAAGAAGAACUUGGUCGACUCAGAAGGAUACGUGAAGCUUGAAGACUUCAAGUCGGCCUACUUGGCCCGUUAUAAUGAUUCAAGUCUGAAGGAUGUUACCGAAAAGUCUAUUGAUGAAUGUGUUCCUCUUGCGAACCAGAAGGCCACAGAAGUUGGUAUAGUAGAAGUGGACGGAAGGUCUUGCAACGGUGCCUUUGGCUUUGCAGUGAUGUGCGUCGGGACAAAGACAGAAAUGAACUGUCCGGAAGAAAAACAGGUCAAAAGUACUGCAUGUGAAGACAAGAGAAAGAGGCUGAAAGAGUGGGCCGACAGAAUGAAACAGAAUGCGUGAGUUAAUCUUAAGUUGUAUGUAGGUUAGGAAAUUGCGCAAAAUUAAACAUGGACUGUAAUGAACUGCUUGUUUCUUUCUUGAUAAAAUAAAUAAGGAACACUGUAAUUAUAA